CGAUCAACGCCGAACCGAUUGGUUGUGUUAUACCAAAUACGCCAAUUUAAACAGUUAUCGCCUCUUUAAUUUUUGGUAGUAAACAUGGGCUGUACUUCCGGUUGCUUUAAGUGUUUCCUCAACAUUCUAAACACAGUUUUUGCGCUCUUUGGCCUGUUGAUAAUAAGCAUAGCUACAUUGAGUCUGCAACAAGCACCUACGGUUUAUAUUACCUAUCUGUAUGUGAUUGGCGGCAUUGUGUUUGUGGCAUCCAUUAUCGGCUGCUGUGGCAUCUGUCAGGAGAGCGUCUGUUUGACCACAACGUAUGGAUUCAUAUUGUUUGCAUUGCUUAUUGUGCAAUUGUUGGGCUUGUUGGGAAAGAACUUUGAUGAGGAUUACAUCAAGCAGUUUGCUGUCGAAGAUGUGAAUGCUAAAUGGAACUUAGAGGUGAUCAAACCUGGCGCAAUGGACAAGAUACAGCGAACGUACGAAUGCUGUGGCCUUAAUGGACCAGAUGAUUACGUAAGCAUCGGACGUCCAACACUGCCGAAAAGUUGUUAUCCAGAAGAGAAGACAAGUAUUCCCUUCUAUGCCACAGGUUGUUUAUCUGCAGCUGCUGAUGAAUUUCUCAGAUUCUUCAACUAUGCGAACAUCAGCAAAUGGGGCUCAUUUGGCAUCACAGCUUUGCUGUGCUUCUGUUCCUUCUAUUUAGCGCGACGUUUUCGCCGGGAACGCCUGAGAUACUCUUAUCAUUAUUAAAACGAACUGAAUUUCAAUCUAUGUUUUCCAAAAACUCAAAAUUCCCGAAAUACUCGAAAUUUAUGUAUAUGUAUAAUUUGUCAAAAUUUACAAAUAAAUUCGUAAUCAAGUCUAGUCGUAGUACUAUCAA